GUGACGUCACGAUGCCAUAGUAACGUAAGAGGCACAGAUGUUUUUUUUUCUUUUUUGUGGGCGCUAACCAGCUUUGCAAAGGGCGGCGAAUAAAUCACGGUAAAUUGGACUCGCGGAUCACUGAGCAGGCUGUGAAGCCUUCAGGAUGAUGUCCAAUGAUCUUGUAGGUGUGUGGGAGGUAGCGCUAAGUGAUGGAGUUCACAGAAUAGAGUUUGAACACGGUACAACCACAGGAAAGCGGGUCAUCCAUGUGGAUGGGAAGGAGGUACUGAGGCGGGACUGGAUGUUUAAACUUGUAGGCAAGGAAACAUUCAGCGUGGGCAACUCGGACACCAAAGCAACAAUCAACAUUGAUGCAAUCAGUGGCUUUGCCUACGAGUACACUUUGGAGAUCAAUGGGAAAAGCCUGAAGAAGUACAUGGAGAAUAGGUCAAAGGUCACCAGCACCUGGUUGCUCAAUUUGGAUGGCAUUGACUGUCGAGUGGUCUUGGAGAAGGACACCAUGGAUAUCUGGUGUAAUGGACAAAAGUUGGAGACGGCAGGGGAGUUUGUGGACGACGGCACGGAGACACACUUCACACUCGGUGACCAUGACUGCUGUGUGAAGGCUGUAAGCAGCGGGAAGAGACGGGACGGGAUUAUUCACACACUGCUGGUGGAUGGUGCAGAGGUGGCUGAAUGCACAGAGUGACUCUGGUAAAGCCAUUUGUGUAACAGAGGACUGCAUGAGGACGGCCGCUGAACGUUAAUGUCGAGGAACAUCUUCCUAAAUACUUCUCUCCUACACUUUGAUGGCCAUGAUGUUGAGGGAAUGUACGCCAUAUAUUGGUAAAGAUGUGACAUUACUGAUGCUUUUUGAAGGCAGGAUCUAGAGUUGGAUCAAUUCAGAUUAUAGCAUAGUAAUAAUUUAAACAGUUUUGAAACAUAGAUUGGCUCUAUAAUGUCAGCAAUGCUGCAAAAGUUAUACAGGGCCAAUAUCUUUACAAAGUGGAUCAGCUGGAAUUGAUAAGUUAUGUUUCUGUAAAUAUUUAAAAACUGCAUUUUGUUUCCACACUUGGCUUUUGUUUUGUAUUCAAAUUUGACAAAUAGUAGUAUGAGAUAAACAAGUUGGAUAUCAGGAGAGGAGAAAUAUAGCUUCACUGCACCUUGUAGAACUACAAUAUGUAAAUAUUUAAGGAUAAAAUUUCUAUUCAUCCCACUCUGGCUCAGUUUGAUCAACAAUUGUUCACAUGAGCAACAUGUUCAUGUGCUGCAGCUGUUCUCAAAACACUUUGUGCCAUCAUCACUGAGCAGACAGUCACACUGGGCUGGAUGGGAACCUAGUAGGUACAUAGUAAUUCCAGUCGCACAAGUGCUGCAAUAGUGUUAGUUCUGUGUUUGUUGCAGUCUGCGUUACUGCAGAUGUAUCUCAUAGCACCAUCGACAGUUUGGUGGCUCAUACAGUCACUUAAGUAUGAUAAUA